CUAAACACACAUGUAAUGCUAGUAAUUUAGUUAGUCAGCAACUCCUCCACCAUUUCCAUUAAUCCCUCUUCUCCUAAUUAGACUUUUCAAAAGAGCUAUCCUCCUUACUCUCUCUCUCUCUCUAUAAAUAGAUCCUCUUUUUUCAAAUUACGAAACGCACCCAUUAAUUAAUCAUAAUCACUAUUACAGGGGCAACCAGAGAACACAUAUACACCAUGGCUUUGGAUUGCCGUGGCUUUCUUUUUGCCGUGCUUGUAGCGGCGGCCGCGGCUGACCUCUUCGGAAAAGCCUCUGCGGCCACCUAUGUCGUCGGAGACAAUCUAGGAUGGAGAGUUCCUACCACCCCCAAUGAUUACUCCACCUGGGCUAGUCGCCAAGUUUUUAGAGCUGGAGAUGUUCUUGAAGUGAGAAAGGAAGCAUUCGAUGGUUGUAGCAGCACCAACCCCAUUGUGUUGGCCACGCUUGGGCCUUGGAACGUAACUCUCAACUCCACAACAGAGCAUUACUAUAUUUGUACAUUUGCCACCCAUUGCUCCGUGGGUCAAAAGUUGGCUAUCAACGUCUCCACCGCCUCGUCUGCCCCAACUCCAUCACCGGCUCCUUCUCCCCCUAUCGUCCCAACCCCGGCCCCUGGAGUCACCCCUACACCAUCUCCGAAUUCAUCACCAGCGCCAUCGCCAUCACCAAUGCCAGGAUCACCAUCCCCGUCUAUGACACCCGGAAGCCCAUUACCAGGGGCUCCAGGUACACCGGGGGGGCUCAGCCCGCCUUCGCCUCCAGCUCCGGACUCAUCCGCGCCACUUCCUACUAUCAGUGCUACUUUGGUGGUGUUUGUAUCGGUUGCCUUUGGGUUCAUCGUGUAGACUUGUCGCUUAGAAUGGUGUCGCUUAUGUAUACCUGCUAGGUUUUGGUGUUGUUUAUGAUUUACUAUGAUUUAUGAUUCUAGUUCACGUGGACAUGACCCAUUGUUUUUAUUUUAUAUCUCUAGCAUUCAGACUCGUACGUUUGUGUAUGCUGCCUUUGUGUAGUUAAUAAAUUUCAUUGGUUUUUGUGUGUA